CUAGAAUAAGAUAAGAUAAGAUUACCCAAAUUUUUAAUAAAUAGAUUACACCAAAAUUAUUAAAAACCAAUAGUUUAAAGUUGAAACUAAUAAUUUACUUUUAUUAAUUUUUUUAAUUUAACAAUGUUCUCAUGUUCAACGAUGAUGCACAUUCCUACUUCACAAUUUUUGAAACUGUCUAAGUUCAAACCAAUACCUGACCCCAGAUGUAAGACUAAAGUGGCCACUCUUUCGAUGGGAUGCUUUUGGGGACCUGAUUCGUUAUUUGGAUCUAUCAAAGGAAUCAUGCGUACUAAGGUUGGUUAUACUGGUGGAUCCGAACCUGAUCUACCGACGUACAAAAGCAUCGGGGACUAUAUAGAAAGUAUCGAAUUGUACUAUGAUCCUAGCAAAAUAACUUAUCUUGAUCUGUUGCAAGUAUUUUGGAACAAUCAUGACUCAACUGAUAAGUCUUCAUAUCGUCAAUAUAUUUCAGCAAUCCAUUUCCAUGAUAAGGAACAAGAACAACAAGCAAGAGAUUCCAUGAAAAAAAUGGAGGAAACUAAAUCAAAUUCAAUUCAAACCUUACUAAUGCCAUAUAAAACUUUUUAUGAUGCCGAAAAUUAUCAUCAGAAAUAUAUUCUACGCAAGUAUAAAAUAUUUUUGGAAUCUCUUUGCUUGAAUGAUGAUGAGAUUAAAAACACAUAUGCUGCAUGCGUUUUGAAUGGUUACCUAGGAGGGCAUAUUAGUGAAACAGAAAAGGUGCGUAUCCUUGAUAUAGGUUUAUCUGAUGAACAGCUGAGAUAUUUAGAAGCCUGUCUUUAAAAUCAAAAAUUAACUAUUAUUUUAACUAAUGAUAUUACCAUUUAUUCCAUAUUAAAUUUACUAUUAUAUAAAAAAUUAAAAUGAGAUGGUAGUCUCUCUUGACAAUGCAAAAUUUUUAUUAAUUAUAAUUUAACUAAUGAAUAUAUAAUUUAUUGUCUAUUUUUAAUUAUAAAGAAUAUUAAAAUAAUGAUUUUAAGCUGCA